AUGGGUGCUCUUCUAUCUAUUCCGCUGUUGGCGGUGCCGAGUGUCGGCACGCUUUUUACUAUGGGAGCAUCAUGCUGUGGAGCUGCCACUUGCUCUGCAGUCUGUAGCUCUUGUGGCAAGUUCCAGAACAGUAUGGCAACACGAAUCGCUUACGCCUUUAUCCUCUUGAUCAACUCCAUCGUGUCCUGGAUCAUGCUGACACCAUGGGCCUUGAAGAAAUUGCAAGGCCUGACCCUUGACUACAUGAAGAUUCGGUGCGACGGGAAAGAAUGUCACGGUUGGGUGGCGGUCCAUCGUAUCAACUUCGGCCUCGGACUCUUCCAUUUGAUUCUUGCUCUUAUGCUUCUGGGUGUCAGGACUUCCAGAGAUGGUCGCGCCUCACUUCAGAAUGGCUUUUGGGGCCCAAAGAUUGUGCUUUGGCUGGCAUUUGUCGUGACAUCCUUCUUUAUCCCCGAAUCAUUUUUCUUCGUGUAUGGAAACUAUAUUGCUUUCUUCUGCGCCAUGCUCUUCUUACUCCUGGGCUUGGUCCUUCUGGUGGACCUUGCACACUCAUGGGCCGAGUUAUGUCUGCAGAAGAUCGAGGAUAGUGACUCGCGCCUCUGGCGCGGACUGCUUAUCGGGUCGACUCUCGGCAUGUACUUGGUGUCAUUGACCAUGACUAUUCUGAUGUACAUUUUCUUCGCCAGAAGUGAAUGCUCCAUGAACCAGAUUGCCAUCUCGAUUAAUUUGGUCCUCUUCCUUAUCAUCUCUUUUGUAUCUGUUCAGCCUGCUGUUCAGGAAUCCAAUCCCCGCGCGGGAUUGGCGCAAGCUGCUAUGGUGACCAUUUAUUGCACCUACCUCACAAUGUCUGCCGUUUCGAUGGAGCCAGAUGACAAUAACUGCAACCCUCUGAUUCGAUCUAGUGGUACAAGAACUGUCACCGUUGUCCUGGGUGCGCUCGUCACUAUGGCUACUAUCGCUUAUACAACUACCCGCGCGGCAACCCAAGGCAUUGCGCUAGGUUCCAAGGGUGGCCACAACUACUCCGAGCUGGGCAUGGAUGAUAAUGAGCAUGGACUGGUAACUCAGCAGCCCAGCAGCCGCCGUGAGAUGCGCGCCGAAGCUUUGCGGGCAGCUGUGGAGAGUGGCAGUCUACCCGCUAGUGCUUUGGAUGAGAGCGACGACGAAGACGAGUUUGAGACCAGCAGCAAGGAUGACGAGCGUGGUUCAACUCAGUACAAUUACUCUCUCUUCCAUAUCAUCUUCUUCCUGGCAACAACCUGGGUGGCUACCUUGUUGACUCAAGGAUUACAGGUUGACACCACCGUCGAUUUUGCACCAGUAGGCCGGACUUACUGGGCCAGCUGGGUAAAGAUUAAAGUCCAGUGGGGCGGGGAGCUUGAUCUUGGCAAUUUAUACCCACGCGUAUGCGACGCGUACGAAUUCCACAAACGUCAUGGGAUAAUGGCGACUAUCCAGGCCAUCAAGGCCAGCUCUGUUCAUCAAAUCCAGUCCGGUCAGGUCAUCACCGACCUAUGCUCCGUUGCUAAAGAACUAGUCGAGAACGGUCUCGACGCAGGCGCCACCACCAUCGAGGUGCGAUUCAAAAAUAAUGGACUGGACUUGAUCGAGGUACAGGACAAUGGCAGUGGAAUCUCACCAGAUAACUAUGAGAACGUAGCUUUAAAACACUACACCUCCAAAUUAUCAACUUUCGACGACCUCUCAAGUCUCAAUACCUUUGGCUUCCGCGGCGAAGCACUCUCCUCCCUCUGCGCCGUCGCUGACUUCCACGUUGUCACCGCUCAAGCAAACCAGGCCCCGCGUGCGAAUCGACUCGACUUCGAGAUAUCAGGAAAGCUCCAAAAGACUCAGAUUGUGGCCGGACAGAGAGGAACUACUGCGUCAGUGGAGGGCAUCUUCAAGCGACUACCUGUGCGCCGGCGUGAGCUAGAGAAGAACAUCAAGCGGGAAUAUGGCAAAGUGCUAAAUCUGCUGCAUGCGUAUGCUUGCAUUAGCAGUGGUGUCCGAUUCAGUGUCCGUAACACUGUUGGCAAGACAAAGAAUGUCGUUGUGUUUUCUACGAACUUAAACCCUACGACGAAAGAGAACAUUGCCAAUGUAUACGGAGCGAAGACGCUUAAUGCUCUGAUUCCACUCGAUAUGGAAUUGGAAUUUGAGCCUUCUGCUGCCAUGAGACGAGCUGGUAGCGAUGAACAGCUUAAUCAGAUCCAGGUUCGGGGACAUAUCUCACGUCCGGUCAAUGGUGAAGGGCGUCAGACUCCUGACCGACAAAUGUUCUACGUCAAUUCGCGGCCUUGUGGGCUACCUCAGAUUGCGAAGGCUUUCAAUGAGGUCUAUAAAUCGUUCAAUGUCUCUCAGUCUCCCUUCAUCUUUGCUGAUUUCCAAAUGGACACGAAUGCCUACGAUGUCAAUGUCUCGCCUGAUAAACGUACCAUUCUAAUACACGAUGCAGCCGCUCUUAUUGAGUCGUUAAAAGCGUCCCUUGUCCAACUAUUUGAAGCUGCCGACCAAACGAUUCCCCAGUCAAACGCGCUUGGGUCGAGAUCGGCUACUAAGCAGCAAGCGUUGGGAUCACUUCCAGGGUUCGUCACUGCACGGCAAUUAAGUCAGAGUAUUUCUGGAACUGUAACCACGAGUCAAAGUCGGAGUCGACAAUCUGCUUCUAGACCUGCAACCCCGAGUCACACUCGAAGUCAAAGCCGGAAUGGAGACCAGACGGCCGAGGAAGAACCAGAACCCUCCCAGGCUGUUAGUGAAAUGAGGCGUUUUAGGAGCUCGCAGCACGGCUCAAGCCAAGUAAAUACUCCCACAAAAGCUGCAGUGGCACAGCAACCAUCAAAGCAACCUACAAACAUUCCUUUGUCUGGAUCUAACAAAUCUACGCCUGCUCCGUCUGUCGGCAGCAGUAUCAUCCAAGUUCUACCGCUAGAGAUGGACAAUCAUCCAUCGGAUAGACCUGCAGAGCAUUCGACUCAGCCCUCUGAAGUAGGACAAGAGACUAGCCAACAAACAAAUGAAUAUGGUGAAGCACCGAACGUGGUUCAAACUGCUUUUGAUCGAAUGCGCGCUCGUCGAAUGCCGGCUGAGAUGGCCACUAUCACUAUCGGCGGCCACACCGUGAAAUCUGUGGUAGGUAGUGGUAUUCCUCGUAAGCGUACGUCCGAUCAUGGUCUAUCAAAAGAUACUCCGCGGCGCAAACGACUUAUUCACACACCUUCUAGACCUAAUAUAUUUGGUCAACAUAUGAAGGCCUUUGCAGCACCAGGAACGCAGACUGGAGAUGACAGUCAUGACGACGACGAAGAGCAAGAUGAGGACCAAGACGAAGAAUCCGCAAGCGAAGAUAAUGAAGAGGACCAAGAUCCUACUUCUCCGCCGCCCGAGGACAUGGACUAUGUUCCCGAGGAGGAUCCCCAGAAAGUGGGGGAAGAGGAAAAAAUUGCUGGUCCCGUCGAAGACAAUCUCGACGAAGCUCAGAAGAAAGCGCAAGAAGAAGCCGUCGUCCAGAGACUGAUUAACCAGGCCGAAAAGGGAGCCGUAUUCUCAAACGAUUACAACGAUAGACGUGCAAAGAAGAUGAACAAAGGCGCCGCUCACCGCGACGCAACUGUCCACCUCGUAAGCACCAUUGACUCGUCAAUCUCUCAACUCCAAUCGCAGAUGGCAAGGCUUCGCGAUUGUCUACGCUUCCGGAACUCACCUUCCAGGCCGGAUGAAGCCAAUGAUCCCGAGGGUGAAACCGCUGAAGAACGACUGUCACUCACAGUGAGAAAGGCAGACUUCGCCCAAAUGCGGAUCAUCGGUCAGUUCAACCUCGGUUUCAUUCUUGCCGUCCGACCCGGCGACGAGCACGACGAGCUCUUCAUCAUUGACCAACAUGCCUCGGAUGAAAAAUACAAUUUCGAACGCCUUCAGGCUGACACUGUUGUUCAAAACCAACGACUGGUCCGUCCCCAACGCCUCGAUUUAACUGCCGUCGAGGAGGAAAUUGUUCUAGAGAACCGGGCUGCGCUCGAAAAGAAUGGAUUCCUAGUAACUGUCGACGAGAGCGGCGAUGAACCCAUCGGUCGUCGGUGUCAGCUCGUCUCAUUACCACUUAGCAAGGAGGUAGUUUUUGGCUCGCGUGAUCUGGAAGAGCUGAUUGUGCUUUUGUCCGAGUCGCCUGUUGCUAGUGGGAUUUCCGUGCCCCGGCCUAGCAAGGUGCGCAAGAUGUUUGCCAUGCGCGCAUGUCGGUCUAGUAUCAUGAUCGGAAAGACCUUGACGCAGCGGCAAAUGGAACGCGUUGUACAGAAUAUGGGGACGAUUGAUAAACCAUGGAAUUGUCCGCAUGGUCGGCCGACUAUGCGACAUUUGAUGAGUCUGGGCCAGUGGGAGGAUUGGGACGAAUAUGAAGAGACAGAUGUGGAUAUUUGGCGACAAUAUGUAGAAGAUGAUGAUAUGGAGAAAGAAGCAGAGAGUCAGAUUUAG